CCUAAUCCUCAUUGUGGAAGAUUUUAUUUUUUUCUCAUCUUGCACAAGUGAGCAAUCCAUGGCAACUGUGAUGCUCAACCCAUCCUCAAGGUUCCAGAAUCCCGUUCUUUCAAUUCCAUCUCUCUGUCUUUUCUUCGAUACUCCCAGAAAUGCGUUUCCUAUUGCUUCUCACAGAUUCAAUCGUUCAUCCAAACCGGCAGCCCUUUUCCAUUGCAUAAAUCCAUCUACAGAUUAUAAUAAAGUCGGUGCUAGAGUCUUAAAUUGUGAUAUUGGCGAAAGCUGGGAAGAUGAACAUGAUGAAGAUUGGGAAGCCGAGUUCCUGGGAGAGAAGAGCACAGGUGAGGGUAUUUCUUCAAAGAAGACAAAAAAGCUGGCCAAAUCUAGGUUGCUCCAUGAUACUGAGGAGAUGGAUUGGUGUGUGGUGGCUAGGAAGAUUGCCCUUGAGUCGAUUGAGGCCCGCGGGUUGACCGCGGUUGCAAGGAGCAUGGUUAGAAAUGCUAAGAACAAGAACAAGAAGAAGACCAAGAAAAAAUCUGAUGCCAAAAAGGUUGAACGGUCACUCGAAAAGGACGAUUUCUUGGAUUUUGAUUCUGAGGAAGAUGAUUUUGAUUUGGAGGGUGAGCUGUCUGGUGAGAUGAAUGAUAUCAGGAGGAAUAUAAGCGCAUUCGCUGGUGGUAUGUUUGAAGAAAGGAAAGCUAAAAACAUGGAAACAUUUGUGGAGAGGCUCUCCCAGUUUUCAGGAGCAUCAGACCGCAGGAAAGAAAUUAACUUGAACAAAGCAAUUGUUGAUGCGCAGACGGCCGAGGAAGUUCUGGAGGUCACUGCAGACACAAUAAUGGCUGUUGUGAGAGGGCUUAGCCCUUCGCCUCUUUCUCCCUUGAAUGUUGCCACUGCACUGCAUAGAAUUGCCAAGAACAUGGAGAAGGUUUCCAUGGCUGGGAACCGUAGGUUGGCAUUUGCUCGUCAAAAGGAGAUGUGUAUGCUUGUGGGCAUUGCAAUGGCUUCCUUGCCCGAGUGCUCGGCGCAGGGCAUUUCAAAUAUUGCUUGGGCAUUGUCAAAGGUUGGUGGUGAGCUACUUUAUCUCUCAGAAAUGGAUAGAAUCGCCGAGGUAGCAUUGGAUAAGGUUGAUGAAUUCAAUUCACAAAAUGUUGCUAAUGUGGCUGGUGCUUUUGCUUCUAUGAGGCACUCGGCUCCUGAACUCUUUUGUGGAUUAUCAAGAAGGGCAUGUGCUAUAAUUCACACCUUUCAGCCUCAAGAAAUGGCUCAGAUGCUUUGGGCAUUUGCUUCUCUUUAUGAACCUGUCAAUCAAUUACUAGAUGUUUUAGAUGAUGUUUUCAAUGAUGCCAAUCAAUUCCAAUGCUUCUCUAAUGAUAGUUGUAACAAUAAUAAUAGUAAUGAUAUGUUUGCUCACCGCGAUGAAAGUGGAGCAGAGAGGGCCACUGAUAGAACACAAGGAGUCUCAACUCUGCCUGUACUUGUCUUCAACAGGGAUCAGCUUGGAAACAUAUCUUGGUCGUUUUCUGUUUUUGGGCAAAUGAAUCGAAUAUUCUUCUUCCAUGUGUGGAAUGCGAUGAGCCGUUUUGAGAAACAACGAAUUUCUGAGCAAUACAAGGAGGAUGUCGUGUUCGCCUCUCAAGUUCAUCUUGCUAUCAAGUGCCUGAAGCUUGAGUACCCAAAUCUCCACUUAUUCCUUGAAAGUGGUCUAGAGGAGAAAAUUUCUCGUGCCGGAAGAACCAAAAGGUUUAAUCAGAAAGUGACUUCUUCCUUCCAGGAAGAGGUUGUCCGCCUUCUUGUUAGCACCGGGUUUGAUUGGGUAAGAGAACAUCGCGUCGAUGAUUACACAUUGGAUGCAGUUGUUAUUGACAAAAAAAUUGCUCUUGAGAUUGAUGGUCCAACCCAUUUCUCAAGAAACUCAGGAUCUCCAUUGGGACAUACAAUGCUGAAGCGCCGGUACAUAACUGCUGCUGGGUGGAAACUUGUAUCUGUUUCUCAACAGGAAUGGGAAAAGCUUCAAGGGGGAUUUGAACAGCUAGAAUACCUUCGAGGAAUUCUUAGAGAUCACAUCUAGGAUGGGAACACCAAUAUCGUGUUAGAGGGAAGAUUUACGCAAGCAACCAUUAAAUGUAUUUUGGAGCUAGGCCAACCUAACUUCGCGAUAUCAAACAUAUGCACAUUAUACGAUGCAUGUGCCAGAUGGUGAAACAUCGGCCGAAUGCCUGUGCUAUGCAAGCGGGACCCAAAAUCGAAGAGAGCCCAAAAAAACAAAGCGGGCAAACAAUUGGUCAUAGAUCUUCUUCAUCAAGACAGCCACACCGGUUUUAAUCGGGAGAGAGGAUGGAGUGAACCAGAAAGUCCUAAUUUGACACUGGUCCCCUUGUUCUUGGUGUUCUUGUUUUUCUCAGCUGGAAACUCAAACUCUGUCAUUUUAUCAAAUGAAUUUGCAGUUGAUACUCAUAGCAAGCAAGAGGUAUUAUGUGAUUCUCCUUCGUCUGAUAUCGUUGUAUU